GCAGGACUUGUGUGGAUAACAGGCUUGGCUCUAGCAGGCGGUCUCGAUCAGCUACCGUUAAGCCUAGUCCCGCGUUUGGACGGCAUCAUGCUGAGAUUAGUCGAGGCUGUAAAAGGCUCAGAGUGGUGUACACAGCUACUUCAGUCCACCGCAGAGAAUGGUCAAUUUCAAUUCUUUGUAGGCCAGUCGGAGGGAAAGCUUACACAGGUAACUAUGCAGCCGAUCGGCACGCCGACUAAGGUAGCCAGUGCUCAGCCUGUCGCUCGCUACAGUCUAUCCCAUCUGAAUGCCCGUUACCGGCAUUUUGCGAUCGAAGAUCGGUCUGCGCGCGAAGCUAUGGAAAUACAACGGCUGCUCCAGACGGAAAUGGGGACCUUCUUUAUGGGGAUGGCCAGCGCCCUUGAGGGAUGGCUGGGUGAAGUCGGAGAGUACAACAAAGCGGCGGCGGUCACACAAUAUCGCGAAAGGUUUUUGGCUGCUGGAUUAGCCGAUGUCAUCCAAGUCACAUAAGCGUCUUUAAGCUGGAGAAUCAUCUAUCAAUAAGAGGAACCCAAUGGGGAUUCCUAUCGCAUCAACUUAUCAGAUUCUGGCCCGUCGUUAUUCAUUGCUUAGCGACGAAUUCGGUCUUAGGCUUUACUUGUUUAGCCAAUGCAUAAGACUAUCCAAGACACAACACAAAAAAUAGACCAAAUUAAGCAAAGAGUCAUGAUCCG